CCCGGCAGUGUGGCGAGGCGGGCGGGCAGCGCUCCGCUCCCGGUGCCGCUGCCGAUCCCGCUGCCGCCGCCAUGCCGCCGCCCUCCCUCCUCCUCCUCCUCCUCCUCCUCUCCUUCUUCCUCCCCGCGCUGCUGCUCCGCCGGGCGCUGGCCGCCGCAGGGCUGGAGUACAGCGAUGUGCUGCCCGAGUCGUUCCCGUCGGCGCCGGCCGAGACGCUGCCGCACUUCCUGCGCGAGCCGCAGGACGCCUACAUCGUCAAGAACAAGCCCGUGGAGCUCGUGUGCCGCGCCAACCCCGCCACGCAGAUCUACUUCAAGUGCAAUGGAGAGUGGGUCAACCAGAACGACCACGUCACCAAGGAGAGCCUGGACGAGGUCACCGGGCUGCUGGUGCGGGAGGUGCAGAUCGAGGUGUCCCGGCAGCAGGUGGAGGAGCUCUUUGGCCUGGAGGAUUACUGGUGCCAGUGCGUGGCCUGGAGCUCGGCCGGCACCACCAAGAGCCGCCGGGCCUACGUCCGCAUCGCCUACCUACGGAAGAACUUUGAUCAGGAGCCUCUGGGCAAGGAGGUGCCGCUGGAGCACGAGGUGCUGCUGCAGUGCCGCCCCCCUGAGGGGGUCCCACAGGCUGAGGUGGAGUGGCUGAGGAACGAGGACGUCAUCGAUCCCAGCCAGGACACCAAUUUCCUGAUCACCAUCGAUCACAACCUGAUCAUCAAGCAGGCCCGGCUGCUGGACACUGCCAACUACACCUGCAUGGCCAAGAACAUCGUGGCCAAGCGCCGGAGCACCACGGCCGCUGUCAUUGUCUACGUGAAUGGUGGCUGGUCCACCUGGUCUGAGUGGUCUCCGUGCAACAACCGCUGUGGCCGGGGCUGGCAGAAGCGCACGCGGACCUGCACCAACCCCGCGCCCCUCAAUGGCGGCUCCUUCUGCGACGGGCAGCCCUUCCAGAAAAUCACCUGCACCACCCUCUGCCCAGUGGAUGGUGCCUGGACAGAGUGGAGCAAGUGGUCGGCGUGCAGCACCGAGUGCACACACUGGCGCAGCCGGGAGUGCGCAGCCCCCGCUCCCCGCAAUGGCGGCAAGGACUGCAGCGGCGUGCUGCUGGACUCCAAGAACUGCACUGACGGCCUCUGCCUGCACAAUAAAAGAAUUCUAAACGAGCCCAAAAGCCACCUGCUGGAGGCCACGGGCGAUGUGGCCCUGUACGCCGGGCUGGUGGUGGCCAUUUUUGUCUUCGUGGUGAUCCUCAUGGCCGUGGGGGUGGUGGUGUACCGCAGGAGACGCCGGGAUUUCGACACGGACAUCACCGACUCCUCGGCUGCUCUCACCGGAGGCUUUCACCCCGUCAACUUCAAGACAUCCCGGCAUGACAACCCUCAGCUGCUGCACCCGUCCAUGCAGCCGGACCUGACGGCCAGCGCGGGCGUGUACCGCGGCCCCAUGUACGCCCUGCAGGACUCCUCUGACAAGAUCCCCAUGACCAACUCCCCCCUGCUGGACCCCCUGCCCAGCCUCAAGAUCAAGGUCUACAACUCGUCCACCGCCUCCUCCUCCUCGCCGGGGCUGCAUGAUGGCACAGACCUGCUGGGGGGAGUCCCUGCCACCGGCACCUACCCUGGGGACACGGCCAGGGACGGUCACUUUGCCAACGUGAGGAGCAAAGGCCUGGGCUCCCAGCACCUCCUCAGCCUGCCCCGGGAGCAUGGCUACAGUGCCAGUGGCACAUUUGGCUACCUGGGGGGAAGGCUCACCAUGCCAGGCACAGGGGUGAGCCUGCUGGUGCCCCACGGGGCCAUCCCCCAGGGGAAGUUCUAUGAGAUGUACCUGGUGCUCAACAAGGCUGAGACCGCGCUGCUGCCCUCUGAGGGCACACAGACCGUGCUGAGCCCUGCAGUGACCUGUGGGCCCACGGGCCUGCUCCUGUGCCGCCCCGUGGUCCUGACCAUUCCCCACUGUGCCGACGUCGCCUCCUCGGACUGGAUCUACCAGCUGAAAACACAGUCCCACCAGGGAAACUGGGAGGAAGUUGUGACCCUGGAUGAGGAGACCCUCAACACUCCCUGCUACUGCCAGCUGGAAGCCAAGUCCUGCCACAUUUUGCUGGACCAGCUUGGCACCUAUGUCUUUGUGGGGGAGUCCUACUCCAGGUCAGCCAUCAAGAGGCUCCAGCUGGCCAUCUUUGCCCCCACUGUCUGCACCUCCCUGGAGUACAGCCUCAAGGUCUACUGCUUGGAGGACACGCCAGAUGCUCUGAAGGAGGUGCUGGAGCUGGAGAGGACACUGGGAGGGUACCUGCUGGAGGAGCCGAAGCCCCUGCCCUUCAAGGACAGCUACCACAACCUGCGCCUCUCCAUCCACGACAUCCCGCACGCGCUCUGGAGGAGCAAACUGCUGGCCAAGUACCAGGAAAUCCCCUUCUACCACAUCUGGAGCGGCAGCCAGCGAGCUCUGCACUGCACCUUCACCCUGGAGAGGUACAGCCAGGCCUCCACCGAGCUCACCUGCAAGAUCUGUGUCCGGCAGGUGGAAGGGGAGGGGCAGAUCUUCCAGCUCCACGUCACGCUGGGAGAGCACGGCAGCUCGUCCGACACCCUCCGCUCCCACCACAGCGGUGCCACCGCCACCUCCACCUCCUCCACCACCCAGGUGGGACCCUACGCCUUCAAAAUCCCCCUCUCCAUCCGGCAGAAGAUCUGCAACAGCCUGGAUGCUCCCAACUCCAGGGGCAACGACUGGAGACUUCUUGCCCAGAAGCUUUCUAUGGACCGGUAUCUGAACUACUUUGCCACCAAAGCCAGCCCCACCGGGGUGCUCCUGGACUUGUGGGAAGCCGAGCACCAGGACGACGGCGACCUCAACACCCUGGCCAGUGCCUUAGAGGAGAUGGGCAAGAGCGAGAUGCUGGUGGUCAUGGCCACAGAGGGGGACUGCUGAUGGUGCUCCCCACGCCUGGGGGGCCAGGAGGACGAACCAGGGGGUGAGGAAGGGUCCUCCCCCCGUGGCAGGGGGAGGCACAUCCGUCCUGAGCGGGGAGGGCGCUUCUCCCUACACCGCUGUCAGCCUUAGAGACCCAUCCUCAGCGUUUACAAGCAAUCCAAGUGUUACACAGCAUUCCUCCUCCUCCUCCUCGUGGCACGGGGAGGAAUUAGGGCUUCUCGAGUCGGGAUGGGGGCUUUCCUUUUCCUUCUUCUUUUUGGGUUCCCUUCCUCCUCCUUUAAUAGCAUUUCUGCGUGGAAGAGAUGAAUACAAUCCAGGCUUAACUUCUGUCAAAGGCUUCAGGCAGCUUAACGAGGCAAGUAAGAAAGAAAAAACAAAAAAAAAAAAAAAGUUUCUUAGGAAACGCAAAUAAUUUAUUAUCCAGAUCUUUGGAUGUGUCCUUUUUAAAAAAAAA